CAAACAAAUGAAUGCGAAAUACGCUAUUAAUUAUGGUGGGCGGCAGUUCUCAUCAUGUCGUCAGCGGAGCGUAAACUGAUUAUUGUAACUGGAUUCGGUCCAUUUCUGGGCCAUGAAGAGCUCAAUGCCAGCUGGGAGGCUGUCAAAUUGCUGCCUGAUCAGCUGAGCCACGAGGGAAAUGAGUACCAGUUGGAGAAGAGAAUGGUGCCCGUGGAAUAUACGGCAGUAGAUGAGGCAGUCGCAGAAAUUUGGAAGCUUCAGCCAGAGCUGGUGGUGCAUGUCGGCGUCUCAGGCGUUGCCAAGUGCGUCUAUGUGGAGAAACUCGCUUAUAAUCAUCAGUUUCGUCGACCCGAUAAUGCUGGCCAACUCUUGAGCAAAGGCACCUGCUGUUUACCAAACAAUGGCAAGGCGAAUGUUUUGCGCUGUGGACUCAACGUUGAUAAGAUUGUGGAGGCUGUAAAUGCAACAUGCGAGGAGUGCGUGGCACCAGCUCGUUCAACGGGUGAUAAAAGUUUAUCGGCGACGAAGGCGUCCAAAAAUGUUGGCGGCUUCCUCUGCGGUUACAUCUAUCUGAAGUCCCUGGAUGUGGACAGCAAGCGGACUUUAUUCGUUCAUGUUCCGUGCAUUGAUAAACCCUUCAACACGGCACAAACUGCAGAGAUUGUCUACAACAUAAUCGAGCAAUGUGUGCAGCAAAUAGCAGCCAGUCAACUGGAAAACAGCCAGUGAAACGAUCAACAUUCUGCGUUGCAUUUUUUUUAAUGAUAAAAAAAAGUGAUAGAACUACAAAUAUGUUUAUUGUUAUACGCAAUGUGAAUCAUUUACAAUUUACCUACGUAUUUGUGAGUCAAAUCCACAAACAGAAUCUUCUGUCGGUUGAUUGUUUUAAAAUUGUUGUAUCUUUGUAUAUGCCUUUAAAAUUAUUAACUAUUAUUAUACAAAAUUUGAUUUGUAUUCCAAGCAGUAAAACAUACAAAAUGAUUUUAUUUAUUGAUGCAUCAGGAUAUUAUACAUUUAAAUAAAAAAGAUUCAAAUUUA